UUUUUUUUGAAUAACAGUUUUCAAUUUAUAUAGAGAAAUUCGUGAAACUAAUUUUGUUGCUGCAGAAGCUGAUAAUGCAUCUGCUAAAACCAUUUCUACAUUUAUUAUUGAUAUGGCUAGACUUGAUCCAAAUAUUAUUCGAACACAUAUUCAUCAAAUAACUGGUCUAUUAACAGCUGAAAGUCAUCAUAUUCGUGUUGCUGCUUUAACAGCAUUAUGUUCUGUUAUUGAAAAACUUCUUUCAUCUGAUGAAUUAGAUGAUGGACAAAGAAAAAUGCGUGAUGAUCUUUUAAAAAAACUACGUGAACAAGUACAUGAUGAAACAGCAUUUCUUCGUCAACAUUAUUUACAAUUAUGGACAUCACUUAUACAACAAAAAAAAUUUCCUGUUAAACAAUAUCUUCCAGUACAGAGAUGA